UUCAUGACUUCUCCAGCGCAAGCUUCCCUACGGCAUCGCCGCCUUUUUUCUCUCCUCCACCAUCGAGGCCAUGGCACUUCGCCCUUUUCCCCUCGCCGGCAUCGAAUGCCGACGCAAUCCUCCUUUCUCUGUAUCUUCCUCCGCCUCCGCAUCCGCAUCCGCCUCGUGCUGCUCUAAGCUUCGGUGUAAAAUGCCGUCCACCAUCGUCGAUGGCGGAGAUCUCGAGCAGAAAGGGGAAAUCCGCCUCCGCCUCGCCGCUCUGUCCCUCCAUCCCCUUCCAGUAGACGCCGCCUCCGACGAUUUUCCCAGCCAUCGAUCUUCCCUAUCGGCCGCCGUCGGACCUCCGGUGCACUCUCCCAUCUUCCAGUGGAAUCUUGAUCGAAGGCACAUCCUUCUCCUCAAUUUCACUGUUUGCGCUGCUGCGGUUUCUGCGGCGUGGAUAUUCUUCUCUGCCAUUCCGACACUUUUGGCUUUCAGAAAGGCUGCCGAGUCGAUUGAAAAGUUGUUGGACGUCACAACAGAAGAGCUUCCUGAUACUAUGGCUGCGGUUCGAUUGUCUGGCAUGGAGAUUAGCGAUUUAACCACGGAGCUCAGCGACUUAGGCCAGGAGCUAACACAAGGUGUGAAAAAUUCAACCAGAGCAGUUCGUGUGGCUGAGGACAGGUUGCGUCGCCUUACAACAAUGAAUCCAGCAGUGACGAUGCAGGGAAAAACACCCCAGAGUGAUCAAACUGUCGAGCCUGCGGUAGCUAGAACUGCAAGAAACAUGAGAGAAGGAAUCGUGAAUGGGCGUGUGGCCUUCGGACUAAUCUUUAGCCUCACUCAAGUUUCUCGCUGGGCAUUUAACUUUCUGACUUCAGAUGCAGGGAAGAAAUCAUCCAACAAGCAGAGUUAGGCCUAAUCUGAAAACUUCAAGGCUUGCACUGGCUACGUACUACUCUUGUUUGACAUGAUUACCACAGUUUGCUACUGUUAGAUUGAGCUGCUUUUAGUUCAUCGAAGCCUCUCUUUGUUUCUUAUAUUUCCAUGGAUUAUCUAUUUUCUUUUAAAUAGCAUGAGGUGUUUGAUCCUAAUCCUUGAGCGAGGACAAGAUGAAUAUGAGCCGUUGGCUUUCUUUCUUGUUAAGAAAGAAGGUAUUAAUUUAGAUUUGGUAAUUUAUUAUUA